AUGGGCCCCCGUACCGACUCCUCAUGCUGCUGCCAGGCCCGUAAUCUGUCAUGGGCCCCUGUACCGCCUCCUCAUGCUGCUGCCAGGCCCGUAAUCUGCCAUGGGCCCCCGUACCGACUCCUCAUGCUGCUGCCAGGCCCGUAAUCUGUCAUGGGCCCCUGUACCGCCUCCUCAUGCUGCUGCCAGGUCCAGAGUGUGUCAUGGGUCCCUGUACGGCCUCCCAUUGCUGCUGUCUCCAUCGCCACACUCUGCCAUGUGCCACUUUCAGGUCUCCUCACACUGCUGGUGGGUUCCAUUUUGUCAUAGGGUGCUGGCAGAUUACGGGCCUCCCAUUGCUGCUACCAGGCCCGUAAUCUGCCAUGGGCCCCCGUACCGACUCCUCAUGCUGCUGCCA